CCGAAAAAUUCGAGACCUUCGAUAUAUCUACUAUCAAAGGCUGAAAACCUGCUUCAUUAUGAGCGACAACGAUCAGAAUGACACUGCUGCAGUGGAGAUCGCCCCGAAGGAAGAGGAUUCCGCCGAAAGUGAUAAUAGCGAAGGUAGUCUCACAGUAGAUGGUAUAAGUCGGCUGCUAGCAAGCACUUUGAAUGUAGGUCCCUCAUCGACUAAGGAGAAGGAGAAGGUCAUAGCGGACUUGACCUUUAAGGGCCUUGCCGACCACUGGCGUGAAAAUGGAUUCAAGAAGAUUAUCACCAUGGUUGGAGCCGGAAUAUCCACAUCCGCUGGCAUACCGGACUUUCGAUCACCCGGCUCGGGACUGUACGACAACCUGGCUAAAUACAAGCUACCCUACCCCACGGCCAUAUUUGAGUUGGGCUAUUUUAAGAAGAAACCAGCUCCCUUCUUUGCCCUGGCCAAGGAGCUGUACCCUGGUUCGUUUGAGCCAACUACGGCACACUAUUUUAUUCGGCUGCUGCAUGAGAAGGGUAUGCUGCUGAGGCACUACACGCAGAACAUUGACACGCUGGAUCGCCUGGCAGGCAUACCCGAUGAAAAGUUAAUCGAGGCACAUGGCAGCUUCCAUACAAACCAUUGUAUUGGCUGCAAGAAGGAGUACGACAUGGCCUGGAUGAAGAAGGAGAUCUUCUCCGAUCGGCUGCCUACCUGCACAAACUGCAAGAAAAUCGUGAAGCCGGAUAUUGUCUUCUUUGGCGAAAAUCUACCCGAAAAGUUCCACAACAGUUUAGAUGGAGACUUCAAGGAGUGUGACCUUCUGAUUAUCAUGGGCACCACGCUGGAAGUGCAUCCGUUUGCAUCGCUGGCGCAGCUCCCUGGACCGCGCUGUGUGCGACUGCUGAUUAAUCGCGACGCCGUUGGACGUCCCAAAUACACCACCUGGAUGGAUGGACACAAUGACGAUUUUCUGCUCUACAACCGGCCCAACAACACGCGGGAUGUGGCCUUCCUUGGUGACUGUGACGAAGGUGUGCUGGAAUUGGCCAAAAAUCUGGGCUGGGAGGACGAGCUGCAGGACCUCAUCUCCACUGAGCGAAAACUGUUGACCGAGCAGGAAUUGGUUGCAAAACAGAAGCCGCACGCUGAGGAGGCUGCCUCUACCAGUAGCCCCGAGAAAACUGCACCGCAGUAAAGAACGGAUUAGAUAGUUAAAUUAGUAGUUAAGUUUGGUUUAGAGUGCAAUUUGUAAACAUGGCAGAUGUAUAAAUGGACAAAGGAAUGCGCAGCAUUGCUUGUAAA